AUGGACAAUAUUUAAAAUAUUACAAAGAUUCAAGGUACAAAUUACUAAUUGUUUAUUCGUAAAACUUAAAUCAAAUAAAUCAAUGACCUCCAAAGAGGGUUUCCAAUUUAUGGAUGCAAAAUGAACAUUUCACAAUCACCAAGAUUAAAUUAUCCAAUAAAAUUCAAAAUAACUUUUGAUAAACAAAAAAAAAUAAAAUCAAAUUCUGUAAAACAUGAAUAAAAUAACACAUUUGGACAAUUAACAAAUAGGUGUCAAAUCUAUCAAUAAUACAUAAAAGAAAUUAUAAAAAAGAAAAAAAAUACUAAUGUUACUACAAUUGAAUAAACAAUAAAUUAAUUUAAACAAAAUAAAAAAGAAACAUCACUUUAAUAAGAUAAAAGUUUUAUUAUACCAAAAUUUAUCUAACAAAGAAAAUAAAAAACAAAAUUUUUAUAGAAAUAAACAAUCACUGAAUGUUCUUUAAUUGAAGACUUAAAGCCAUGGGAAUCAUAUCAUAAUUCUUUAGCUUUUUUUCAAUGA